AUGAAAACUUCGAUAUCGUCAUGUGUGUGGGAAAGGAAGAAAGCUUUGAUCAGUACGUUAUACGUGGAGGAGGAAUGGCCUCUCAAGCAUGUCCUCAAACAGAUUCGUUCGGAUGAUUUUAACCCAAGUGAGACACAAUUGCGAAGCCGCUUGAGGAAAUGGCGGGCCACCAAGCUUUCCCGUAAGAUUCGUAGGCCCCCUGGUUACGAUUCGGGGGACGGCGAGUCUGAAAAGGAUGAGAAGGGAUCCUCAGCUACUCCUCCACACAAUGAAGGGCCAUCACCGGGGACAAAGGGGACAUCCACCACAGGCUGGGAUUGGUCAGGUCUUCCGGCCUGCGCACUACUAGAUGUGCAGUCCCAGCCGAUAGACCAGAAGAGGAAAGCCUCUAUGGCUCAACAGUUGGUACCGAGUCCAUUGGUAGAGAAUUUCCAUACCUCAGACAGAUCCCAUGCCGCCCGAACUUUCCGAGAUCUCAACCCGCCUGCUACCUCCUUUGAGCAGCCGGUUAGGACCUCUCCAGUCGCCAAAGGUCUCAUUGUGAGCACCACAUUUGCUGUGAUGCCUUCCACCCUGGGGUACCCCGUCUAUCCUGGCUCAUGUAUACUCAAUCCAAUGCCAACAACCAACCCCACAAUGGCAGCGUGGCCACCUUGCCCCGUCUCUCCCGACCUGGGUCUUAAUCCCACCUUGCAACCCGGAUGGUGGUACUCCAUGGCUUUCGAAGCCACCAAUACUCCGCCAGGAGUGCCCCACUCUGCAUCUGGGGAUCUCUCUGUAUCAUAUCAUCAGGAAUAUAUUCCUGUCGCGGUCCCAUUAUCCCCGGGUGCUUACCCUCUUGAGCUGGCUCACUAUAGAACCUACGAGCCUAGGCAUUGGAAGAGCGACUUUUCUCUCGAAUAUGACUAUCAUGGACGGCUCAAACAUGGCGAGAGGAAACCCCUCCCGCCUCACCAGCCAUACCUUGCGAGCAUGGUGCCAUUGCCGUAUAGCGCGACUGAUAAAUCAAAUAAAGGUAAUUGGCCCUCCUAUUGUCCCGAGCAUGGGCCGGGACCCGAUGGUGCAGUAUUCUAG